CUUUUCGUUUCCCUUCUUUCCCAUCCGCCAGAAGAAAGGGUUCUCUGUCUCUCGACCGGCAAACAUGCAGGACCUUGCACCAGAUCUGAACGCAUCCUUUCCGAGCAUUGAAGCACAGCCAGCUACUAUGCUCACCGAAACAUACAUGCAUGGCCUCGCCGUCACCCUCGGCCUUCUCCUCUUCCCCGUCAUCACCGCCUUCUACAUUCACAAGGACUACCGUGACUUCCUGUCCCUAGGCCCCGGCGGCACUCCCGCAACACCCUUGGGAUACCUCAAAAUCAAGCUCCUCUCCAUCAUCUGCCUGCGGGAUCCGCGGCGUCCCAUUCCCAUUCCACCACACUACCGUCCGCAGAGAGGCUACUUUGUCGAAGACGCACUGCCGCACCGCACCGGUCCCAAGCCAGAGAUUCGCGGCAUAGCUCCGCAGCGCCAGCAAACGCAGAUUAGCACAAAGGAAAUCUAUGGAAAGCUCGUAAUCAAGAUCAAGGAGCUCGCGAGCGAUCCCCGCAACAGGCUCACGGAGCGCACCAGUUGCUUCGAGAAGCACAGCACCGGCCUCUUCACCAGCAUCCCCAUUACCAGGACCUGCGGCGGCGAGAUAUGCCAUGCACACCCGAGCGACGGGUCCAUGCACCUGACGCUGCACCCGGCUGAUGCAAACCUUAUCAUGGCUCACGGCUGGGGCGAGCGGCAUCCGCUGGCGCGGGGCGGGUGGUGCAGGAAGUUUGUGCCUCGCGAGUUUAUGCUCGUGUACGCGCCCAGAGACGACGACGAGGUCGAGAUUGUGACCAAAAUUAUUGCAGCCAGUAUCUGGUGGGUUAGCGGCAUCAAUGUCAGUGGGGACACCGAGGGUCCGAGAAGGAAGAGCGCAGACGUGGCGGCUAUCGGUAGGGAGAUGCAGGGAGACCAGUGCUGGACUUGUAGAAUGAACACGUGUGGGCGUAACAAUGUUGAACAAAUGACGAGCGAUGCUUGAGGGAGCGUGGAAGGUUGCUUCCGAGCGCUUGCGCAGGGACAGAUUGAUUGAAUUGGGACGGGACUUUUUGGCGCGUUUAAGCAUGGCGUCUGGGAUUUAUUGAUCAUCGGGUUAUACAGUGUAAGACAUACGGGCAAAGACUUGUUAUUCAGAAUGCUCGACCGUGUUUAUUGUUAUUGCCAUUUUUG